AUGACCAUCAUCACCAACCUCACCCAAUCCCCAACCCAACUCAGGGCCAACCUCGUCACCGCCGUUUCAGAAGUCUACUGCAUCUGGUCCUCGCGCAUCGUCCUACUCGUCUGUCUCUACACGAUUCUCGCAUCCCAGGUCAACGAAACCACCCUCUUGCGCAAGCCACACAGAUCCAAUGCCGAUGAUGAGACUACGGAGAAGGGUAUCAAGAAGAUUGAACAGAUGGGCACAAAACCACACUCACAACCCUCGACGACUCAGACACCCUCCUCCCAGCCUGGGAAACCACGCUCGCCCUCGCGCAAACAGGCCCCCACAACCACCCGCCACCUCUCCUCCUUCUCCCCUAUCUGCACCUCCUCCCCCUACACGCCCUCCCCAACCCCGAAUGCCCGCCACCCCCUCCACGCCUCCAACCUGACAACCUCCCUCGGCGACGAAGCCUGCAACUACCAGUGGGAUACCCCCUACCUCCUCAGCCAAAACAAGGUCGACGCCCGCGACGUCUGCAAGCGCAAACGACGAGCUGAGACGCGCCGUCGUGAGGCUAAAAGAGGCGAUUGA